AUGGGUGGACACCGCAAAAUCGUCGUUGCAGUGACCUUGACCGACCAGCAGCGAGUCCUUCCAUUGCUGGCCAGGAACGCCCUGCUGGCGUCCACGCCUGACGUCUCAAAGGCAGCUGAAAAGCCAUUCGCCGCCCAUCUCAAGGUUCGCGAGCUCUCGUGGGGCGAGCAGGAGGCAGAAACCUUUCGAGAUGCUGAAGGGCCCUUCGAUUUGGUUCUUUGCUGCGAAGUGGUGUACCAGCAGCCUCCAGAGGUCUGGCGAGCUCUUCAGGAGACCCUCGGGAAGCUGCUCCGCCCGGGCGGGCGAGCCGUCUUUGCCUACCAGCACCGUGAUGGUGCAGAGGUCACUGAUGCACGCUUCUUUGAGACCUUGGAGGAGGCUUCAAAGCUUCAAUUCCAGAUGGAGGAGUCCCUCAGUGAGUGGGACGGUGUUUGGGACGACCUCGAGCUGCGCUGGGUCAGGACGGGGACCUACGUCUCCAGAAAUGAUUCGAGCCUCUAG